CUAUGAGGGGCAGGACGUGUGUCCAUUCGGAGGGCCCCCAGGAGGACGACCUGGGCCCGGUGACCGUGGAGAGUGGGGCAGAGGCCCGAGGUGAGCAUGGCAGGCCUGCAGUGGGGGCCAGGGAGGGAAGGGUCUAGGCUGCAGGGACCCCGGGCUGGGAGGGGAUGGAGUGUUUCCUCCUCAGCCUCUUCUCCCCCAGGCUCCGCCCUCCCCCAAGCCGGAAGCAGAGGUCAGCAUGAAGAGGGACCGACCCCUGGGCUCCUGGUGGCCUCCAGCUCCCUGGUAUCACUGACCUUCGGGGACGUGGCUGUGUUCUUUAGCCAGGAGGAGUGGAGAAAGUUGAACCCAGCUCAGAAGAUCUUGUACCGGGAGGUGAUGCUGGAGAACUAUGAGCACCUGGUCUGUGUGGGUAAGGGGCCCAGCUCCCUACAUGCCUGUGGCCUCUCUCAGCACAAGCUGUGGCCCAUCCAUGUGAGGGCCUGGCCCCAGGCCUGACCUUGCCAUCCAUGAGAUUGGGCUCCUGUAGCCAGGUGGGCUCUGCCCCAGAAAUAGGCGUCUUCUGUGGGCAGCCCCGAGUCCCCAUGAUCAGUGAGCUCCCACAGUGUGUGGCCCCAGCCUGGUUCCUCCAGGACAGAAUGCCCAGCAGAGGCCCUGGCACAGUGUCAGUCUUUCCCUGAAGGGGGGGCAGCUGGCAUGGACUCCAGAGAGGGCUCUCAUUUCU